AUGUCUGGCCAAGGUGACAGACCUCAACCACCUUCCCGUGAUAAGAGGAUGCCAAAGCACACCCCGUCGGCACAUGCGGAGCCAUCGACCUCAGCAGCCAGAGUCGAAGCUGCGCGAACAACCUCGGCACCACUACCAAUAAACCUCAACCCAGCCAAUCCCAGACCAAGUGUUUCCCCUGAAAUAGCAGUCAUACUUGGGCCUUGUGAAGGAGUUCUUCCGGCCAGCCGCGGAGUCGGCCUUAAGCGACCAAUGGACCUGUAUAGAUUUUGGCUCUUGAGGGAUAUCCGGAAUAACACACCCAAAGUCAAAUUAGCGCGGGAGAGGCUUGCACGCGCCGAUUCAAAUACUGAAAGGCUCAUGGGCGCUUACUAUAUCAAUCAGUAUCGAAAACGCGCUAUGUUCAUGCUCAAUGAGAGUACCAACAAAAUCACGAGGCUGCAAGAGGAAUUCGAGGCCUCCUACAGCCCGCUUAUGAGACAAGUGGCCGGGCAGCAAGGAGUUUAUUAUGCUGCUGAGAUCCAGCAGACCUUUCAAAAUGAACCUGAUCCUAGCAAACGCUUGCAGAUAUUGCAGGCGCGUCUGAACGCUCUUGAUGUCGACACCCCCGACCAGAGCAGAAGAGAUUUGUUUUGCCAAUACCAACUUGUCGUCGACGAAGAAAGGAGAGAGCUUGCUGGCACCGGUCCCUCAAGGGCUCCAAACCCGUCUACAGAAGCUGGUCCGGCCGAGGCCGCUGCUGACCGAGCCAGCGGCCCUGCUGAUCCGGGACCUUCCGAUCCGGGACCUUCCGAUCCGUCUCGGAAGAGACGAACUCCAGAAAAACCGACUCUGGGUAGGGCUGUUGAAGGUAGGACUGCUCAAGCCAAUUUGAGUGGAACUGGUGCCACUCCAACCACUCCAGCUAGCACAGCGAAGAUGCGUCAUCUUGGCAAUACCAUCACUACCGUUGCUACUACUACUCUUACUCCGCCUCAGCCCAGUGCUGCCGAGGCCAAAUCUCAGCCAAAAACAGACGUACCAUUGAAUGUAUGGGCGAGCCGGACCCGAAAAAAGGACUGA